AUGUCCAUAACUUCUUUAAAGAAUCCUUGCAAGAAUUUAUUUAUUCCAGCUAACAAUCAAAAGAGAUUUGCCCAUGAUCUUAUUAUAAGACAGAGAACUCAUAAACCUAUUGUUAAAUUUGGAGCUGGUGGAAGAUCAUCAGUAAGUGGACAUGUAGCAACUGUAUUUGGUUGUACAGGUUUCUUGGGUAGAUAUGUUGUUAGUAAAUUAGCAAAACAUGGUACUCAAGUAGUUGUUCCUUAUCGUGAUGAAGAUGAAAAGAGACAUUUAAAAGUUAAUGGUGAUUUGGGACAAGUUGUUCCUUUGGAAUUUGAUCUUCGCAAUGAAAAAAAUAUUCAUGAAUGUAUUAGAAAUUCAGAUAUAGUUUAUAAUUUAAUAGGCAGAGAUUAUGAGACAAAGUAUGUUGUUGUUCAUGUAGAAGGAGCCGCAAGAAUUGCUAGAAUUUCGAGGGAAGAUGGAGUAGCAAGAUUUGUUCACGUUUCUUCAUUAAAUGCUGAUAAAAAUUCAAAAUCAAAAUUUUAUAGGUCAAAGGCUUAUGGAGAAGAAGCAGUGAGAGCAGAAUUUCCAGAUGCAACUAUAGUUCGUCCUUCUGUAAUGCAUGGUGCUGAAGAUAGAUUUUUGAAUAGAUUAGCGGGCACAACGUUUGAAUAUGUACUCAAUGGAGGACAAACUAAAUGCAACCCUGUUCACGUCAACGAUGUAGCCGCAGCUUUAGAAACGAUUUUAUCAGACGAAUCCACCAUUGGAGAAACUUAUGAACUUUAUGGUCCUCGAGAAUAUACUCACGAACAAAUUUUCAAUUUAGUUGACAAUAUAGUAGGAAGUCGUAGAACUCAAAUAUAUAUACCAAAAAUGAUUGCGAUGAUUGUGGCAAAAUUAAUGCAUUUACCAUUUAUAUCUUCAUAUUCACCUGAUGAUGUCGAAAGAGCUCAUAUUGAUGAUAAAAUUACUCCUUCAUUCAUUGACAAAGAGCAGAAGAUUAAGAAUACCGCAGUAAAAACUUUUGAAGAUUUGGGAAUUUUACCUAAAAAUUUAGAAAGUACUGCAUUAUCGGUUUUAAGAUAUUAUAGGAGGUCAACAUUUUAUGAUGAACCUAUAGAUAAACAUGUUGGAAAAGUCAGAAGAGGAGUUUAUUAUACUGAAUAA